ACGACCUGCUCGUAUUCGAACACGUCGUUAAUCAUUCUCCUUCGUUACAUUUUGUGCAUGUCGUAAAUGAGUGCAAAAGUCGUCGUUAUUUUCUAAAUCGGCCUUGUUUUAUUACACACUCCGUUACACGAUACAUCGCGAUAAUAUUUGAGCGACUCCAAACACGCGAUUGGCGCGCCGCCAUUCCGCACAUGCCCCCGCCGUGUGUGGUUUGUUGUCGAUUUCCAGCGUUUGAAUUCUGCAGUGGCAGAAUGUCCGUUACGACGAACGCCGUGCAUGCACACAAACAUUGAUUGUCGGAAGCGCAUCCUCGAAACACGAUGGAUUCCUCGAAACCACAAAAUGUUUCAAGACAAUCUUCGAUACUGAAGCUACCCAAACAACGACAGCCUUUGCAAUGUGUUACCUCCGAUCCUUCUACUUUGGAUGAUGGACCUACUGCUAAAAUUAAAAGAAGGGUUAGUUUUGCAAGAAAUAGACGUAUCAAGGAAUUUUGCAACGAGACUGAACAGGAAACAGUAUGGGAUAACACAUAUGAAGAGCAUGAUUUAAGUAGCACAAAAAGUAGUACUAACAGUACACAUGAUCAGCCAUUGAUCAUUACUGUUCCUUGUUAUGACAAAGAAAAUUUUCCUGUUCAAUUAUUCUUGCCUACUAACGAAAUUAAUUGCACUGAGCUUCAAUCAAAUAUUACUGAAGAACAAAAUUAUCCUUCACAAUGUAAUACAGCAAUGGAAGAUACAUCUGAUAUCGAGUGUGAAAAACUCGAUAAUGACCAUGAAUUGUCGGAUGCAACUAUUUACUGCAAUGAUGGUAUGGAACUAACAACUAUAGUUCUACCUAAUGAAGACUCUUGUUUGAAUAAUGGAAACAAAGAAGAAAACUUUGAAACUUCAAAAAAUCUAGUUUUUCCUUCAAAUAUAAAUCUGAAGCAUGACAUGCAAUUAGAUAUAAGUAAAAUCAACACAUAUUCUGUGGCAACUACAGAUUUAUUAAGACCUACGAUUCAUUCAAACAAUAAUUCAAAAAAAAGAACAGAAAAUAUUUUUGAUAAUAUUGAGAAGGAUAUAACUGAAACCCUUCCUAUAUCAAGAUCUGAAUUAUGCCUUUUACAAAAAGAGCAGGUUGAUAGAAGAGAAAUUUAUACAAAUGUAUCAAUGGAAAUGACAGAGGCUGUGCAGUGUAAAAGAGAUUACAAUCUCAGUGAAGUACCAUCUUCAAAUGCAGUGAUAAAAGAUAAAAUGAAUGUAUAUUGUGACAUGUCAAUGGAAAUGACGGAAGCUGUUUUGAAACCUAUUCAUCAAAAGUCAAUACAACCCUCAUUUAUUCCAAAAUUGAUCAAUAAAUCAAUAGAACCUAGAAAUGUUCAUCAUGAUCCAGCAAUUGAAUCAACAGAACAAACUAAAAUCUUUAAUAAUUCAAAAAUGGACAUUACUGAAACGGUUCCUAUAUCAAGAACUUUACAGCACCCUUUAUUAAAUGUGCCACCAGAUGGAAAUAAAAUGACUACUAAUACAUCAAUGGAAUUGACAGAAGGUGUACAAAGUAUAAGAGAUGUUAAACUCUCUCAAGUACCAGCUUCAACCUCAGUCCUACGAGAUAAGUUGAAUAAAUACUGUGACUCAUCAAUGGAAAUGACUGAAGCUGUUUCCAAAACAUCUCAUCGAAAUUUGGUUCCAUCCUUGUCCAUGCAAAAAUUAAUUAAUAAAUCAAUGGAACUAACAGAAGUAGUGCCUUCCAGUAAUCUCAAUUAUAUUGCUGUAAAUAGUGUCAUGGAAAAAACAAAAAUCUUCAAUAAUUCUAAUAUGGAAAUUACUGAAACGGUUCCUGUAUCAAGAAAUCAAUUUGCACAAAUGAUAUCGAAAGAUAAAACAAAUAUUUAUGAAAACCAAUCAAUGGAAAUAACAGAAGCUGUGCCAAAAAGGAGCGAGUACAAUCCUUCUCAUAGACUAAAUUCAAAAUCAGUUGCACAAGAUAAAUUGAAUGUAUAUUGUGACACAUCAAUGGAAAUGACUGAGGCUGUAUCAAAGCCAACACGUCAAAACUUAGUUUCCUCCUCAUACGUGCCAAAAUUGAUUAAUAAAUCAAUGGAACUCACAGAAGUAGUGUCUUGUAGUAAAAUGAACCAUAACACAAUAAGUACAGCAACUGAAAAGACCAAAAUCUUCAAUAAUUCUAAUAUGGAUAUAACUGAAACAGUUCCUGUAUCAAAAAGUCAAUUUCACCCCUCACAAAUAAUUUCAAAAGAUCAAACAAAAAUUUAUGAAAAUGUAUCAAUGGAAAUAACAGAAGCAGUGCAAAAAAGAAUUGAUAACAAUGGCUCUCAAGGAAUCUCUUCAAAAUCAGUUGCACAAGAUAAAUUAAAUAUAUAUUGUGACACAUCAAUGGAAAUGACUGAAGCUGUUUCAAAAUCAUCUCAUCAAAAUUUGCUUUCAUCUUUGAACAUGCCAAAAUUGAUCAAUAAAUCAAUGGAACUAACAGAAGUAGUGCCUUCCAGUAAUCUCAAUCAUAUUGCGAUAAGUAGUGUAACAGAUAAAACCAAAAUCUUCAAUAAUUCUAACAUGAAUAUUACUGAAACAGUUCCUGUAUCAAGAAAUCAAUUUACACAAAUAACAUUGAAAGAUAAAACAAAUAUUUACGAAAACCAAUCAAUGGAAAUAACAGAAGCUGUGCCAAAAAGGAGCGAGUACAAUCCUUCUUAUAGACUAAAUUCAAAAUCAGUUGCACAAGAUAUGUUGAAUGUAUAUUGUGACACAUCAAUGGAAAUGACUGAGGCUGUAUCAAAGCCAACACGUCAAAACUUAGUUUCCUCCUCAUACGUGCCAAAAUUGAUUAAUAAAUCAAUGGAACUCACAGAAAUAGUGCCUUCUAAUAAUCUAAAUCAUAAUGCAAUUUCUUCUAAAAACAUCAAUCAUGGAAUCCCUGUUCAAAUUACAAAUAAUACCAAGAUCUUUAAUGAUACUGAAAUGAAUGUUACAGAAACUGAACCAAUAACCAGAAUUAAAAAUCAAUCGUUAAAAGAAGUUCAACCAGUCACUAUAGGAAGUUAUGAAAAUCUAUUUGAAAAGCAUUGUUUUGAUAAAGUAGGGAAUAAUUUGAUUAUUAAUAAAUCAAUUAGGAAUGAUGUAAAAACAGACACAGACAUUGAAAAAACUGUGUCAAAGGAUUUAAGUUUGGAUCAAAUCAAGUCUAACAGCGAUGAAAUCUUGUCAAGUGAUAGAUCUAAUCCUAGCUCAAAACUGAUGAUAUCUGGCCUCAAUACUCUGGAUAAAUCAAAUAGUCAAUUUUACAAAAUAUCUAGCUCCACAAAAGUAUAUCAUGAUGACUCCAUGGAAAUGACUAAUGUGAUACUUGAUCAAAAAACUCUCAAUGCUUCUAAUUUAUCAAGAUUAGCUUUUGAUACUAAACACAACAAAACAAACUUAGAUGAAGAAAGGUGUAACUCAGAUCAAAAAGAAAAAUCUUUUCAAUCAAUGUAUGAUCCACCUAAAAGUGGCGAAGAAGAUUCUCUGGAAUAUUCUGAGUUGCCUACAGUUUUGACAAAUUUUACUAAAAGUUCGUUUCAAGCCAACUCAUUUCAAAGGAUUACAUCUGAUGAAUUACACACUUUAUGUGCUUCUUUAAAUUUGCCCACACAGAAAUAUAAUCGUGAGGAAAAUAUUGCUUCUCAAAACAACUUCUUUGAAGUUUGUAAUGAUGUAAAUAUUUUACGAAAUUCGCUCAGAAAUAAUACAUUAUUCAAAUCUCAGAGAGAUAUGAUAGAGAGUCUUGGCAUCUCUAAAAAUGAAGAAAUUUUAUCCACCGAACCUAGUAACCUGGAUAAAUCGAUUAAUUCUAGAUCCAUCCGCAACAUGGAUAGUGAAGAACAACAUUUAACAAGUCUUCAAAGAACUAAUCUUGUGACAAAUAUGAGUUUGUCCGAAGUUAUUGUUAAUCCUGCACUAAAAUCAAGUGUAUUUCGAGAUGAUUGUGAUAUAAGCAUUACAAAAACAAACCUUAUAGGACAACCAUUGAUUUCUGCAACAGAUCUACAAGAAACUGAAGUAAUAAACAAUGGCUCAACACUCCAACAAACAUCUUCAGGAUUAACCGAUGUUUUUCAAGCUUGUGUGAAGCUUAACAAAAAAUCUAUUCUUAAAGAAAAUGUGACAAUUCCUUCUGGAACAAGUUUGAAUGAUUCCGUUAAUAACAAAACCAUACAAAAUAUUCAAAAAAUCUAUGAUGAAAAUGAAUAUCAAAAUACUUCUCAUUCUACUCAAUCUACAUCAAGUGCCAAACGAAAAUAUUGUGAUAACACUGAUGAAUUAGAUAAAAGUAAUAAGAGAUGUAACUAUGAAAAUUCAUCCUCUACUGAAAAAUCUCAACAAGAUUUUAAAAAAGACAAAUCUUGUGAACUAUCAUUAGAAAAAAGUCAAAAUAAAACAUUAUCUAAUAUCAUGGACAUAUCAGUAACAGGUACAAGUUUUACAAAUUGUACAUUUCAUCCUGAAAAAUCGAAUGAUAAUGCAAUCGAAAAAAGGUCUGAAAAGUCAUUUUCUAAUAAAACAUUAUUCAGUGAAAUAGAAAAUGUUGUACUUCCUUCAUUGGAGGAUGAAACUCAAGUAAUCCCAAAUAGCCACGAAAACGAAAAUUUGAAUAAUUCAUCUUUGAAAAACAUCGAAAUCAAUGCAUGUCCAACUGUUGAUCCAAAAAUUCCAAAAAUUGUAAUAGAAGAUACCUCAGCCAUGAAAGAAAAUUUACCAAAAAUUGGGAAAAUGAGUCAACUUGAACAUAAUGUGGAAAACAAAGAGAACAAGAAAAUAAAUAUUAGUGACUCAAGUUUGCAAUUAAAUCUACAUACAGAACCAUAUUUUCAAGAUUUAGAAGAUAUAGAACCACCUUCAUUUUUAAAUUGUAAUGAUAGCACCCAAGAAGAUCAUUCUAAUCGAAACGAUGUGUCAUUGACUAAGAAUAAUGAAACAUUCAGCAACAAAAUUAUAUCACCAACGUCAACAAAAAUUGAAAAUCAUGAAACAUCCUUAGAAGAAAGUAAUGUUGACACAACUGAUGAAAAAAUUGUUUCUCCUGCUAUGCAACUGAUGAAUAAUAUUUCUGAACAGGCAAAAAGGGAUGAUUGUAUUUGGUCAGUUUGUAAAAUGGAUCCACAUGCUAUUAUUAUUUAUUUUUUAUCAAAAUCAAUGGUUGUCACUCUGCUUUUACAUAGUGAUCUUGAAAAUUAUUCUGAAGAUAUUAAAAAUAUUACUUUUAAAUCCAGACUUAAAGAAAACUCGAGGAAUAAUUCAUUAAAAAUUGCGCAUAAAUUGUUAUUGAAAAAAUUUGAAUCUGAUGAUUUAUUGGAUAAGUUUAAGUUGUAUGAUGAUGUGUUACCUCUAUUAGACUAUGUAGCCAAUGAAGUUAUUUUUGUCAUGGAUUUUAUAUUUGAUCUUGAAAAAUUAAAUUCUUUGUAUUUAAUGAAAAUAGAAAUUGAAAGGAUAUCAUUUAAGGUUGCAUCGAAUAAAACUAGUAUUAUACUAGACAUAUCUAUUCCAACAAAACAAAUAAAUAGAAUAAAUGCAGAAGAUGUUCAAGUUAAAUGUAUUCUUGGGAAUAUCAAAAUAAAAGAUAUUAAAAGAAUUAUUGAGAAUACCAAAAGAGAUUACAAAUUUUUAAGCAGAUACAUAGAAUUUGUUCAAGAGUAUAUAACAUUGAUAGAGGAUUCUUCUACAUCAUCUAGGAAGUUUUAAAAAAAAUUCACUGUAUAAAAAUAAGUAUUGUACAUUUUUAUUAUAAAUAUGAUCUCUGUAAGAGCGAUAUAUGUUCAUUAUCUAAAAGAUAAUGUUGUAAAUAAGAGUAUAUAUAGUAAAUAUGCAAUAAAUUACACUUAUAAUAACUGUGUAAUAUAGAU